GGUUAUUGUCAGAUUUAGACGUCGUGACAGAGCGGCGCCUUUAACACUCCUCUCCGUCUUGUUUAUCGUUCCUCGGUUGCCACCCUGGCGCGCGUGUCGUUGUCCUCCGCCAAUUCCGAUCUGUAGGCUAGAACGUAUGACCGCCGGUGGGCGAGUCGGGGUGUGUCUGCAAGCAAGGAAGGGAGCGUGCGUUUUUCGGCCAGCGAUGCAAAGGCGGCUCCCCGGUGAAUGAUAAAAUGCAGCAUAAUCGGACACUGAUACUUUUUCUACAGUAAGCUGACACUUGUGUUUCGGUUUGGCGAGACUGCGUUGGAAACAUGAAGAAACACCAGAGCCCUGCCAAGCUACCGGUGGAAGUCAGUGUGCCAGACAGCGAGGCUACUGUGCCACAACUCAACGAGCUAUUGUCAAACGGGAGUGGAUUUUACAGCUUACCAGCACAACAUUUCAACGAGGUGUUCCCCCGGAUUUACAUUGGCAACGCGUUUGUAGCUCAGAAUUUCAUGCGCCUACAGAAGCUGGGCGUGACGCACGUGCUCAACAUGGCCGAAGGCAACUCCUUCAUGCACGUCAACACCAACGCCGAGUUCUACACCGGCACCGGCAUCACCUACCACGGGAUCAGGGCCAACGAUACAGAGCAAUUCGACCUCAGUGCCUUCUUCGAGGAGGGAUCGGAGUUCAUCGACAAGGCCCUGUCUGGUAAAGGUAAAGUCUACGUGCACUGCCGGGAGGGCUAUAGUCGCUCCCCGUCCAUGGUGGUGGCGUACCUCAUGCUGCGCCACAAGAUGGACGUGAGAGUCGCCGUGGCGACGGUGAGGCACAAGCGCGAGAUCGGCCCCAACGACGGCUUCCUGCGCCAGCUGUGCCUGCUCAACGAGAAGCUGGCCAAGGAGGGCAAGCUCAACACCAAGACCAAAUGAGGGACGGGACGAGAGAGAGGAGGAUGCUGCUCUCUUUCUUUCUGUCUGUUUUUCCUUCUCUUUCUCUCUCUCAGACUAGACGGAGAGAGCAGUCUUUAAGACCAAAUGACAGGAGGAUGCUGCGCUCUCUUUCUCCCUCUCCCUCUCUCUCUCUCGUGUUCUUUCAUUCUGUCUAUCUCUUCUUUUACUCUCUCUAUCUCUCUUUCUCCGCCUCUCUCCCUCACUCACUCUCUCUCUCUCAGACUAGACUGUGGGAGCAGUCUCCAAGACCAAAUUACAGGAGGAUGCUGCUCUCUCUAUGUCUCUUUCUUCCUCUGUCUUUUUCGUUUAUUUAAUUCUCUCUCUCUCUCUCUCUCUCUCUCUCUCUCUCUCUCUCUCUCUCUCUCUCUCUCUCUCUCUCUCUCUCUCUCUCUCUCUCUCUGUACACGGAGGAGCACAGCUUUCAAGACUAAAUGAGAGGAGGAUGUUGCUCUCUCUCUUUCACUCUUUCUCUAUCUCUCUUAUUCUCUCUCUCCUCUUACUCCCUAUUCCCACCUUUCUCUCUGCCCCCCCUGUCCUGCCUGAGCUGAACUACCACUGGACUUGUUGUGUGGCAGUACUAUCCUGUAACCUGCACCAGGCCAGCUGCACACACAGAACACACACACACACACACACACACACACACACACACACACACACACACACACACACACACACACACACACACACACACACACACACACACAUUUUCUGACAUUGUGACACACACACACA